GCGCAUUUUCCCAAGAGCGAUUUCGCAGGCUUCCGGUCUGGGCCGGAAGUUGUGGUUACUAAGGCGACGCCAAACAGCUGUCCCAGCUUUUCAGAGUUUCACAGAUGUUACCCGUGCCGCCUUCUGCGAUGUCAUCCCCCAUAGGAAGUCGAGCCCACAAGAUGAGACUACCUAUUUUUACACGAAAGGGGCUGCUGGAGGUGCCAUCUCCCACAGAGAAAGACUGGCCUAAGGAUGACGAAGAGGAUUAUGUCUUCAAGGAUCCAGAUCAGGAGCUGGAUUCCUUGCCUCAGCCCUACCGAAUGAUCAACAAGCUGGUAAACCUCCUGUUUGACAGGUCGUGGGAAGUAAUUGAGGAGAGGGACACGCUAAGGGAAGCUGAGCUCAACCGGAUCCAGCCCACUGUCUACCCUCCAGUCUUUGAAAUCAAGUUCAACAAAAUGCCAAAUUGUAUGGCUAUUUCCCAAGACUACGUGUUUAUUGGAGGAGCCAAAGGAUUCUCUGUGUACAAUCUGUAUGAUGCUAAACGAAUGUAUGUCUGGGAUAAACUGAAGGUUGAUGUCACUUCCAUCUGGGCCACAGAUUUGGGGAGUGAUACACUUAUUGCUCCUGUGGAUGAAAUGGGUGUCAUUAGACUGUUUUAUUUUUAUAAGGACAGUCUUUUCUUCAUCAAAGCCAUCAAUGAAGUGGAAGAUACCAGCAAGCAAACCACCUGUGUAAAGAUGGCGAUCUCUCAAGGAGGGGACUUUGCAGCCUUCCUCUUACAAGGAGCUGGAGACAUUUGGCUGGAUGUGUAUAGGUUGCCCAAGGAGUCUUGGCUCAAGGAAGUGGAGCACCCGCAACUCACCACGAAUCCAAAGAAAAGAGUCAGACAGCCGCAACUGAAUACUCUUGAUCCCAUGAAUUCGGAUAAUUUAGAAAUGGAUAUAAAUGUUUGCUUUAAAGGAGACAUUAAGCUGAGUCUUCCCGUUCACAUAAUGAAGAUCAAACCACCUAAACCAGUCACAGGUACCACAUUUAAGAGCCCCCUGGAAGUCUUUGCAAAGAUAGAGGACUGCUACGGGCUGGGCUCGGGGCAGAACCACUUCAUCAAGGACAGCCAGUGGGAGCAGCAAGCGGCCAUCUUCAACGCCACGUACAAGAAGUACCUGGACCUGGACGGGGAAUGCGAGGAGGAGCCGCCCAAUAUGGCCACGUUCCAUUUCCUCCUUCCGAGCUGCAUAACUGUGAUGCCAACAGAGGUCAAGAGCCCUGCAGGGGUAGCCUGUGUCCUUGGCGUCCACUGGACUGGAUGUCACAACUUCUUCCUCUACUCACUUAACCGGACCCUGAAGGAUAAAGUCGACCCUGAGGGCGUGUGGCCCUGUGCUGCGCCCAUCGCCGUCUCUCAGCUCAGCUACUCCUCCUCCUACCUGGUGCUGGCCUGCGAGGACGGCGUGCUCACGGUGUGGGACAUGGCCGAAGGAUUCCCUCUCGGGGUCGUCGCUCUCCCUGAGGGACGUUUCUGCCAAAGCAUCAUCUUCCUAAAAUACUUCUUAGUCCUCGAAGGACAGAACGUAUAUCCUGAGAGUCCACCGAAAUCCCAAGUCAUGUGUGUGGUGCUGUGCACAGACGCUUCUCUCCAUCUGGUGGUAGCCAAAGGGACCCAAGAGCCCACCAUCAGCGUGCUUGUUGAGAGGCCUGUAAAGCACCCUGAAGAAGCCAUCUGUGCAGUGGUCCCUGUCCGAACCUUGCCUGGCAUGGUGCUGACCUUCUCCAGGGGCGGCUCCGUGCACCUCCGGGACGUGGCCAAGCGUCAGAUCGUCUGUGCCUUUGCCCCGCCCAGCCCCUGCCGCCUGGCGCUCCCCUGGAAGCCAGUGUUUGUCGUGUCUUCACACCACCCGUGUUUCCUGCUCCGAGGAGACCGUCCAGAUGAGACGGAGCCCACUGACGACACCGAGGACAGCCAAAAUUCUGUCUUCUAUUUCCAUUUCAACGCCUACCCACUUCUGGAGAACGUCUUAAGGAACUGCAACGUUUCUCAAGUUGACCUGACGGAAGACAUGGCCUUCCCCCACGUGCUGCCCUUGGAGAAAAGAUGCGAGAACCUGCUGCAGAAGAGGUUUCAGAAGCUGGAGAACAAGGUAAAGGAGCAGGAGCACUGGACGCGGCUACGCAGGUACUCCUUGCUUCUCCAGAGAGAGAACUUCAGGAAGUGA